AUGGUGAGGACGCGGCAGGGGAGAGGCAGUGCGACAGACUCCCCUUACGGGUUUUGUAACAUACUGAUACAGGUGCAGGGACUGGGCGGUAAGUCAGAUUCCGAGGAAGAUGAGCCCUCCAAGAAGAAAACUGUCCUUCAGGGAUCCGGCGAGGGCGCUGGCCUGUCUGCCUUGCUUCCCCAGCCUAAAAACCUGCCUGUGAAAGAGACUGGCAGGCUGCCCCUGCCCCACGCCUCCUCCCGGAAGCCCGCGGAUGGCUCCUCUGACACUAAGCCCUCCAGACAGGCUUCUAAGACCAAGCCCUCUUCCCUCGCCUCUGUCGUGGGCACCACAACCACCACUCCGUCACCCUCUGCCAUCAAGGCUGCCGCCAAGAGUGCUGCCCUACAGGUGACGAAGCAGAUCACGCAGGAGGAGGACGACAGUGAUGAGGAAGUAGCCCCCGAGAACUUUUUCUCCCUCCCUGACAAGGCUGAGCCGCCUGGAGUUGAGCCAUACCCUUACCCCCUCCCUGCCGUCCCUGAAGAGCUGCCUCCGGGCACGGAACCUGAGCCGGCCUUCCAGGACGACGCAGCCAAUGCCCCCCUCGAAUUCAAGAUGGCAGCGGGCUCAAGUGGGGCCCCUUGGAUGCCUAAGCCCGGGGAUGACUACGGCUACAACCAGUUUUCCACAUAUGGCGAUGCCAAUGCCGCUGGUGCUUAUUAUCAGGAUUAUUACAGUGGUGGCUACUAUCCUGCACAGGACCCGGCCCUGGUCCCCCCCCAGGAAAUUGCCCCAGACGCCUCCUUCAUCGAUGACGAAGCGUUUAAGCGGCUACAGGGCAAGAGGAACCGAGGGAGGGAGGAAGUCAACUUUGUGGAGAUCAAAGGUGACGACCAGCUCAGUGGGGCUCAGCAGUGGAUGACCAAGUCGUUGACAGAAGAGAAAACCAUGAAGUCAUUCAGCAAAGUAAGCGGGAAGGGUCUGUUGCAUGGCUAACUUGGGGGUGGGGGGUGCCCAGAGCAGAAUCUGGGCCUGCUCCUGUCCCGACCCCACACCCGAUGGUUC